AAUAAAGUUAUUAGUGAGUUAACAAAAGAAGGGUUACAUAUUUACGAAUAUGGGCAAAUCAUCCUCUGUCGUAUUUAUACCAAUAAGAUAAAUGAAAUGACCUUAAAGAUUAAUGUAUUAGAAUCGCCUACUUCAGUAUAAAUACUCGUACAUCACUGUUAGAAUUGAUCUUGUUAGAAAUCAGUUUUAAUACCAGUAGUAGGAGCAUGUGUAUUAUAUCGACAGGUGUUACGGUAGUUAUGUGUAUUGCUAUUGGUGCACGUGCAAAUUUACAGAAGGACGACCAGGGUACCUCUCAGAACUUAACAAAGACAUAUACAGACGACAAUCACAACUCUACCUCAUAUAACGACUUAUUUUCUAAAUCUUAUUCUCCUUGGACUGGUUGGUCAAAGUGUAAUCAACAUUGUCAACAGACUCGAAAGCGGAAGUGUAUAUCUCCGAAAACAUGCGGAAGAUCCCGAAUCAAAGAAAAACGUAAAUGUAAGCGAAAGAAGGGGAAUUGUAUUGUUACAUCGUAUAAAGUACAUAACUCUACAGAAAAAAAUAACAGACUUGUUGAUAAUUUAUAUGACUUGUUUUACAACCCUUGGACUUCAUGGAAAACAUGCAAUAAUAGAUGCGUUCGUAAACGACGUCGUAUGUGCAAGAACACAAUUUGUGAAGGUGGAUAUUUAGAGGAAGAAAGAAAAUGUGUACCAAUCGGUGGCAAAUGUAAAAAGUCAUUUGUAAUACAAGGCAAAACAUCUCAUAAAAAAACAGUGUCUACUGGUGGUACCUGUGGUGUAAGGCCUGCCAUAGCGAGGCGUUCACUUAGAAUUGUUGGAGGAAGAGAAGCAUAUCCUCAUAGCUGGCCAUGGCAGGCCGAGAUUUUGAUAAAGAAGAGAAAACAUUUCUGCGGAGGGACGUUAAUUCAUCCAAGAUGGAUAUUAACAGCAGCACAUUGCAUUCCCAAAAAAGUGAAGCGACGGAAAAUUCGGAUUCGUUUAGGGGAACAUAACAGGAAAAGACAUGAAGGCACAGAAAUAGAAACAAAGGUGGAAGAAUUUUAUCCAUUUCCUAAGUUUGAUUAUAAUGCUGUAAUGCAUGACAUUGCGUUAAUUAAAUUAGUGAAAGAAAUUCCAUUGACAAAUGUGACGAACGUAGCUUGCCUUCCUGAUAAAAAAUACAAAAUAAAACAUGGUACUUUGUGUACAACUAUAGGUUGGGGUCGACAAUCAAUAACCUCUAUGAAAGGUAGUGACGCUUUACAAGAAGUGCAAGUACCUAUUGUUAGAAAGAAAAAAUGCAAAAAGGCAUUUAGUUUUACUAUCAAUAACUCACAAAUAUGUGCAGGUUUUAAAAAAGGAACAAAAGACGCUUGUAUAGGUGACAGUGGCGGCCCGCUUAUGUGCCCUGUAAAAAGAAAAAAUGGCGACAUUGCUUGGUAUGUUACGGGUGUAACAAGUUAUGGGGAGGGCUGUGGAGAAAAAGGCAAAUAUGGACUGUACACAAAUGUGUCUAAAUACUUAAAAUGGAUUCAUAAAAAAAUGUCAUCGUAGUGGUUUUCGCGUUUAGCCGAGUUACGACAAAGUCUUGUCAGGCUCGGCUUAUCAUACAUUAUAAUGACGUCUGUCCGUCCGUUAAUUAACAUUUUGUGUUUGCUCCCUGGUCUAAAUUAAUGAGGUUAGCUUUUUUCUUCACUUAAAAAGUUAGUUGUACGUACUCAUUUGAAUUAUUUUUCACUGAAACCGCAUGCUUCAUCGACAUCAAAAGCUGCCUCUAAUUGGUUUAGAUAAAAAUCAUAUACUCACCCGCCAACAAACACCAAAGGUGAUUUUGCUAUAUACUGAUCAUAAUAUCAAAUUGUAAUCAUUAAACAUGCACCCAUUUUUUUUGGUGGAAAUUGAACUUCAGGGAGAGGAUCAAAACGUGUAUACAUGAUUUAGGUGACAACUGAAUAAAUAAAUUGAAAUUAUCGUACAACUUAGUAACAGAUCUUUUACACAUUUUAAGCAGGUCGCCAUAUAUUUCCGAAGUCGAUAUUGGUGGUGUAAAUAUAGGACAAGUUUGUACUGUGUACAUGUAGUUUUCAUAUUUCCUUUAUUGCCCCUCAAUAAGUUAAAAAUCUUUCAUCGUAAUGUCACAUUUGGCCCUGCAAGUAUCUCAUUAGAGAAUAUUGUACCAUUUAACAAACCAUCUUAUUUUUUUACUUAUUUAUUUUUGUAUUAUGAGUUCUAUCUAUUUAUUCAUUUAGCAAAUACUCCAAAACAAACAGCACAAGUCUAAAUAGAGGAACCAUGGUUUAAUCGGCUACCACACCUUUUAAACUUCUGAGUAUAAACAAAAAAUGUACAAUGUACGUAAGCAGGUAUUUGGCAUAUUUGUGCUCGAAUAAAUGACAAAACAUUAUUUUAAGUACAAAAAACAUAUUUUGCAUUCAUGUAGAAUUUCUCAAAUGUCAAGAUAUCCAACUUUGUACCAUUUGGUU